AUGGACGCGAAGAGCUCCAGCGAUUCCCCUUGUGGGCUGAUUGGCGAACCACUGUCAGAAAAAGCAUCGGAUACACCUUCAUCGCGCCUCGGAAACCAUCUUACUUUAGAUACGCACUCGAAUGUUUCUCGGAACAGCGCCUCCACCUCGCCGGCUACGGCAAGCCAGACUCCGGACUUUCCAGCGAACCAAACAGCUGCCCCGUCCGCGCAUGUCCCUCUACGCACUCUACCUGCUUGGAUCCAAUCAGUUGAAGAACACCCAGAUGAGGAAGAAGAUGCCUCACCGGCAGAUCGUCUUCUACCCUCAGAACCAAACGAUGCACGCGUCGCGCAACACAAUCACUCGCCAUAUGCGAAGCCUAGACCCGAAAAUUCGUCCGGCCAAUACGAAUACAACGACCGCUCCCCUUCUCCGGACCGCGAGUCACGCUGGAAGACCUUUUCUCGGACGAUUCAAUACCCUCGCGAACCUGGCAGUGAAACGCAACAGGUUACGCCGGAAUGGUUGGAUGAAAAUAUGGGGAAUUACUCCGGCCCAUGGCGUGGUACGCUUUUGGAAGGCGACACGCCGGAAUUCCCAUUACACACUACGAGUGGAACCCGCCGUGAGAUCUGGUUCAAGCGUUUCCAUAGCACGCUGUUACGAAGCGCAAUCGUGCCAUUAAUCUUUCGUCUCACUGUCUGGUGCUUCUCGCUUUCUGCGUUAGCCUUGGGGGGCUCAAUUCAGCAUAUGUCAGACGAGGAUCACCAUCGCAAUGGCCCGUCCGCAUUAAUGGCUAUCAUCGUCGAUGCUGUGGCAUUGGUAUAUCUUGUUUACAUCACGUUCGACGAGUUUUCCUCGAAGCCUCUUGGACUACGUCCUCCUCUCGCGAAAGCACGUCUUAUUUUGCUGGAUUUGUUUUUCAUAGUCUUCGAUUCGGCUAACUUGAGUUUGGCAUUUAACUCUUUGAACGAAGUCACCGGGUCUUGCACUGAAUCGGAGGUUAACGCAAGGAUUGAUCCUCGGAAUAAUUCAAUCUGCACCAGGCAGAAGGCUCUCGCAUCCGUGUUGCUCGUUGCUCUUAUUGCUUGGCUCAUGACAUUCGCCAUCAGCGUUCUUCGGUAA